UUCUAAGCUCUGACUACUUUCUGUUUCACUAUGAGUACCAUCAAUACAAAAUAGAUAAAUCUCUGACAUUAAAAUAUGGCCAAGCUUCCACGUGGAAGGAAAGCGAAGAGAAGAAUGUUUGGACUAGGGGGAAUAAGGUGAAGGUAAUCAAGUCAUCUUAAAAAAAGUGUACUGGAAAAUUGUUACCCAUAAGAUGGCAGCCAACAAGGAUGAAGAUAGUUCCAACACAUUCAAGAUUCUGCUUGUCACUGAUAUCCAUCUUGGGUUUGCAGAGCGUGAUCCAGUCAGAGGCAAUGACUCUCUUGUGACAUUUGAAGAGAUUCUAGAAAAAUCACAAGAGCAUAAUGUGGACCUCAUUCUAAUGGGGGGAGACCUAUUCCAUGAGAAUAAACCUUCUCGUCAAAUCAUGCAUGGAUGUUUAACACUGUUGCGCAAGUACUGCAUGGGAGACAGGCCCAUUCAGUUUGAAUUUCUCAGUGACCAGUCUAUCAACUUUGAGCACUGCAAAUUUCCUAUGCUGAAUUAUGAGGAUCUAAAUCUAAACAUUUCGAUCCCAGUUUUCUCCAUUCAUGGUAACCAUGAUGAUCCAACUGGAGCAGGCAAUCUUUGUUCACUGGAUCUCCUCCAUUCUGCAGGCCUUCUUAAUUACUUUGGGAAAACUACAUCUCUGGAACGAAUCCAAUUAUCACCAAUUCUUCUGCAGAAGGGGACCACCAAGCUUGCUUUAUAUGGGCUUGGAUCUGCCCGUGAUGAGAGACUUCAUCGCUUGUUCUUAAAUAAAAAUGUGACAAUGCUGCGUCCUCGUGAAAACAAAGAUGACUGGUUCAACUUGAUGGUGUUGCAUCAAAACAGAGCAAAGCACAGUGAAACAAACUACAUUCCUGAACAUUUUCUGGCUGAAUUCCUUGACUUGGUAUUUUGGGGACAUGAGCAUGAAUGCAGGUUAACACCAGAGUGGAAUGAUCAACAAAGUUUCUAUAUCACACAGCCUGGCAGCUCCAUUGCAACUUCACUGAGUGAGGGAGAGACAAAAACUAAACAUGUUGGGCUACUUCAAGUACGUGGUAAAGAUUUCAAAAUCACUCCUAUCAGACUGGAGACAGUACGACAGUUCUACAUGGAAAACAUUGUGUUGAGUGAGACUAGUCUUGAUCCAGAAGACCAGAAUGCUGUUAGAAAAGUAGAAAUCUUCUGUAGUGAGAAAGUUGAACAACUCAUUGAAAAAGCAGCUAUGGAACACACUGGCAACAAAAAGCAGCCCAAAGAACCACUAAUUAGGCUGAGGAUUGACUACACAGGAUUUGAAACUUUCAGCAUUUACAGAUUUGGUAGGAACUUCAUGAACAGAGUUGCCAAUCCAGACCAGAUAAUACACUUUACUCGAAAGAAGACUAGUGGGAAUUUAAACAAAGCAAACAUAGAUGGCAAUCUCUUGUUGAACUUAAAACCCCAGUCCUUGGAUGCAGCACGUGUUGAGGAUAUGGUGCGAGACUACUUUAGCAAAACAGAAGCUUCAAGUCAGCUGCAGGUUCUUACUGAAAGAGGACUAGGGGAAGCUGUUAAAGAAUUUGUUGACAAAGAAGAGAAAGCAGCAAUUUCAGAACUUGUCAGAUAUCAGCUUGAAAAGACCCAGAAACACUUAAAACUCCGAAACAUAAACCAAGAUGACAUUGAUGCAGAAAUCCACCUUUUCAAGCAAAAACGGAAAGAGAAAACAGUAGAGGAUGAAGAAGUGCAUGAAGCAAUCAAAAGAGCUCAAGACAUGCAGACUAAAAAAGGAGACAAUGCUUUUAGUGAUGAGGAUGAUAGCAUGGAUUUAGGUUUUGAUGACGAAGUAUCUAACACUUCUCGCACUUCUCGAGGGCGAGGGCAGGGAAGAGGUCGUGGAAGAGGUAGCAGGUCAAAAUCAAAGUCAGAUGAAACUAAUGAUCAAUCAGCUUCUGGAAGAGGCGCACGUGGUGGCAGAAGAGGAAGAGGUAAAUCUUUGGCUGUGGUAGAACCGCCAUCACGCUCAAUCAAGGAAAUGUUUUCUGCAUCUUCUCGUGAAUCGCAAUCUCGAGGUCCAAAAAGAGAUUGCAAUGUUGACAAUGAAGAUACUUCUGAUGGAGAAGAUUUAUUCAGCAAGAUCCAACCUGUGCGACAAAAUAAAGCCCACUGCAGCUAAUUCUAGCAGUAAUACAUCAAAAAGAGGUGUUAUAUUUGACUCUGACACUGAUGAAGAGUCUCCACCUUCAAGGAAAAAACGGAAAUAAACACUGCUCUUUUAUAAUCAUCGUGCUCUGCUAUAUGUACACUAUGAAAUGCAUAUAAACUGGUGUAAACUGCAAAUUUGUUCCUACUUUGUCCAACGAUUGUCUCAGUUUUUAUCCAGAUCAAAAAAAUUAUUCUUUAAGGAAUAAAUGGGCAUGAUAACCCUU